UGUUUUUCUUAUUUCUAUUUUCUAGAUUUUUCUAUAGUGAAUGCAAUUGAAAGCAAGCUCUUACUAUCUACAUACAUAUAUGUAACUAAACAUACUCUAUACAUAUACCCGUCUAUUACUUUGAAAAAGACAUUAGGAUGUUUAAUUUCUUGCAAACAAAAAGAAAAAAACGUAUUCGGUAGUUGCUUGAAUAAAAAAUACACAUUUUCACUUUGCUACUUUUUGAAAUUAUUUGGUGAUAAUUAAAAAUUAAAAUCAUUCAAUGAUGUUUAAAAUAAUUAUAUAAAACGACUUGCGAGUGCUGUUAAAAUGAGUAUCGAUUGUGAUAAAAACGUUGCAGUGUAAAAGCAAUAAAGCUGAUAGAAGGCAAUAAAGGAGAGUUGUUCCAGGAGUAAAUGAGCUACAUAUAAAGGAAAUAACAGAUAUCAUAUUUUUAUGACUACUUAAUUUUGCUGAUGGAUUUUCAAUGAGGCGUCUGAGUCUGACUGAAAAGAAUAGAUGAAAAUAAUUAAGAAAAGCCGAUGAAAGUUCAAAGAACUCAUCAAACACCAAAUUACAAACUUAUAAAAAGUGACAAGAAUAUUGUCUAGAAUGGGUUGCUGGCGACUGCCAACGGGCACCCCAACACCCAUGACGUACAACAAAUGGCUGCUGCGGUUAACAGCGGCAUUUGGAGUUCUCAUUUUCAUUUGGAUUCCACAAGUGUCAGCUGAAUGUCAAACACGUUCCAUCUACUGCUAUGAAUGCGAUUCCUGGACGGAUGCACGUUGCAAGGAUCCCUUCAACUAUACGGCACUGCCGCGCGAUCAACCACCGCUGAUGACCUGCAAUGGCUGUUGUGUGAAAAUGGUGCGGCAUUCUAAAUCACCCUACGAAGUUGUACGACGUAUGUGUACGUCACAAUUGCAAAUAAAUUUAUUUAUGGUCGAUCAUGUGUGCAUGAUGGAAAGUUCAGGCAAUGGACAUAUGUGCUUUUGUGAGGAAGAUAUGUGCAAUUCUAGUAAAAAUUUAUUGCAAAAUGGUUCAUCAUACCAUUACUUCAUGAUCUCUGCGCUCUCAUUCAUACUCUAUUUACUCAAUCGUUUCCAAAUGCGUACGCAAUUGCAGUCAAUCGUUCAACAACAAUUGCAAAUACAUAAACGAAAACAAAAAAAACAACAAUCACCAAAACGAAAACAAACGCAAAUAGAAAAACAUGAACAGAACGUAGAAGAAGAAAUAGAAAGCAAACAAAAACAAUUAUUAAAUCAAUCACAAAACACCUUCAAUCCAAUGCAACUUCAACUUCUAAACCAACACCAACACCAACACCAACAUAAACCAAAUAAGUUAAAUGCAAAAAAUGAAAAUCAACAACAAAAACAAACAUUUGAUGAAAAAGGAAAAUUCGCAGUUAUCAUUUAUCAAGCGCAACCGAACAUUGCAUGUCCAAUAAAAACAAAUACAAUAAACGAUCGAUAUUCACAUCCCGUACACAGAUAGAGUGAAGCUACUCCAAAAACCCUACUACAACACAAACAAUUGGCGAAAUGGGGGAAAAUAGUAGUACACCACAGACAUAGAAUCAUAUUUACAUACAUAAAUGCCCUAGUGAAGACAUACCUAUAAACAUAUUUUCAAUAAUUUUAAUUACAUUAAGGAGUAAUUAGCACACAAUUACAUGCAUACAUACAUUCAUACUAUACUCGUAUCCAUACGCCCCGCGUUCGCUCUACACCCUCGCUCUUUCAGCCCCUUCUAUUGUACACACACACACACACACACCACACUUUACACUUAUUCUCUUUGCUCUAGAAAAGUUUGCUAAAUUCUAUAAUUUAAAUUUCUUCCCUAUUGAGUACCCUUUCGUACAUACUUACAUAAUUGCUAUGAGAAUUAGCAUUAGUUAGUUAAACUUUUGUGGAAAAUUAUUUUAUUUUUUUUACCAUCUUCUUUUAUGAAAAGUGUGUAGUACUCGUAUUAAUUGAAUAGCAUUGUGUUAAUUUCAAUUAAAAUUUAUGUCAAUUACUUACUUAAUUUGAGUGCAUAAUUUCGUGGUACUUUUAGCAUUAGUUAUG